AUGUCAUUUAUAGACAACCCUAAAUUAAAAUUUUUAAAAGAUCUAAAUCCAGAACAAUAUAAAGCUGUGACAUCACCAGUUAAUGGUAGGCUACAAAUUAUAGCAGGUCCAGGUACUGGAAAAACAAAAGUAUUAACAUCAAGAGUUGCAUUUUUAUUAUUACAAGAAAAGAUUAAACCUGAACAAAUUAUAGUUACAACUUUUACAAAAAAAGCAGCAAAUGAAAUGAUUGAAAGAUUAGAUAAAUUAUUAAUAAAUACUAAUAUUGAUAUAUCAAGAUUAUUAAUUGGUACUUUUCAUAGUAUAUGUUUUAAAAUUUUGAAAAAAUAUGGAUUUAAAUUAAAUUUAUCAGAUUUUAAUAUUGCAGAUGAAAGAGAUAAAGAUCAUUAUUUAAAAGAAGUUUUAACUAAAGAAUUAACUUUACCAAUUUUAAAUUAUAUGCAGAAUACACCAAAAGAAUUAGAUUUAAUUCGUUCAAAAUCUCCCAACAAAAAAUAUCAUGAUAUUGAUAUAAAUAAAUUAAAAAGACAAAUUUCAAAAUUAAAAUCAAAUGGUUAUUUACCUGAUGAAUAUAAAAUUAGACCAGAUUCGAAUAGAGUUUUAUAUUUUUUAUAUGAAGCUUAUCAAAGAAAAUUACAAGAAGAUGAAAAAAAAUUAGAUUUUGAUGACUGUUUAUUAUAUUGUAAUAUAUUACUCACAAAAUGGCCCUUUUUACAUUUUAUAAAACAUGUUUUAGUUGAUGAAUUUCAAGAUACUAAUAAGAUUCAAUUACAAUUAAUGUAUUCAUUUGCAAAAGGUCAUUUAACUAAUGAAAAAUUUCAAAAUAAUGUAACUAUAGUUGGUGAUCCAGAUCAAAGUAUUUAUGGAUUCAGAGAUGCUCAAACAACAAAUUUUAGAUCAAUGAGAGAUCAUUAUUCUCAAACCAAAUCAUUAUCUUGUGAAAUUAUUACUUUGAAUGAAAAUUAUAGAUCAACUAAUGAUAUUUUGAAAUUUUCUGAAUCAAUAAUGAGACAAGAAUCAGAUAGAAUUACUAAAAAUUUAAAUUCACAAUUUAACUUGUCUAUAAAACCAGUUUUUAAAAAUGCAAAUUCAUCAGAAAAUGAAGCUCAAAAAAUUGUUUACGAAAUCAAAUAUUUAUUAUCAUUACCACAACAACCAAUUAAACCAAAUGAUAUAGCAAUAUUAUUAAGAUCAGGUUUUCAAAGUUCUGUUAUUGAAAAGGAAUUAGUAUCUCAGAAAAUUCCUUAUUUUAUGGUUAGAGGUAAAGCAUUUUGGGACAAAAAGGAAGUUGUUGCAAUAAUGGAUUAUUUAAAAGCAUGUGGUGAUCCAAAUGAUAGAAUAUCAAUAAUGAGAACUAUAAAUUUUCCCAAAAGAGGUAUUGGUGCUAAAACUUUAGAUAAAAUAGAUGAUGCAAUUACUCAACUGAAACGUGAACAAAAUUCAGCAAGAGAAUGUUUGAAACAAUUGGCCGAAAAUCGUCAUUCAAGUGAAAAAUUAUCGAUAAAAGUAAGAUCUGGGUUACAAAGUUAUUUAGAUGUAAUUGAAGGUGGGUUUGAUUUAUUACCUGAAAAUUUAAAAGAUACAACAAAACCAACCGAAAUAUUACAUGAAGAAUUAUUUGAUUUUGUUUAUGAAAAAUCAGGAUUGAAAAAAGAAUACGAAGAUGACCCAGAAGCCAAUGCAGAUAAAAUCGAAAACAUUGAAGAAGUUAAACGUCAAUUUGUUGAUUUUGUUAAAAAAGAUGAUAUAUUUUAUGAAGAAGAUGAAGAAAUUGAAGUAUUAGAUAAUAGAAACACCAUUAUACAAUUUAUUGAAUCAAUUGGAUUAUAUGAAUCAUCAGAAGAAGAUAAAAAAGAUGAACAAGAUUCAAAUGCUACUACUUCACCAACUCCUAAAAUUUCAUUAAGUACAAUUCAUGGAUCAAAAGGUUUAGAAUGGCCAGUUGUAUUUAUUCCUGGUUUAACUGAUGGUUUAUUACCUGCAAAAUACGCAACUGGUGAAACUGCUGUUGAUGAAGAAAGAAGAUGUUUUUACGUUGCUGUAACAAGAGCUAAAACCCUUUUGUAUAUUACAAAUUACAUUGAAGAAAGUGGUAGUCAUUAUGAAACUUGGAGACAAAAUUAUAAUGAAUUAUCUGUUUUCAUUAAAGAUUUAAAAGAUUCAAGAAUUUUUGAAAAUAAUCAAUCAUCAUUUAAAAAUAUAGAAAAUUUAAAAAAAAUGUAUGACUUGUUAGGUGUUGAAGAUAAUUCAAUUCUUGAUAAUUUUAAUAUUGAUAAUUUUUAUAAAGGGUAUUGUAAAAAUUGGGUAUCUUUUGAAAGAGGUGCUCCUUUCCUGACUGAAUAUAAUGGAUCUUCUUCAAGUUCAUUAGGUGGGUUUAAAUCAGCUUCUUCAGUUUCAUCUACUAAUGUUAAAAGAAGAAAAUUUAGUGCUGGUCGAACUUCAUUAUCAAGACAAAAUCAACCUCCCAAUCCGUUCAUUCUAACAACUAAUAAUACGAACGUAUCUACAACAUCAUCAACGUCAGGUCCAAAAUCUAGUAAUAAAGCACCAGCAUAUGUACCAAUGAGAGAUGGAUCUUCAAAAAAGUUAGGAAUGAAACGUUAUUAA